AUGGCUAGUGAUCUUUCAGUUGAAUUGUUAGAGAAAGUUGGAAAGUGCCUUAACUUGACCAACGAUAUUUCUCGAUUCCGUGCUGUUUGUCGGUCAUGGCGGUCCUCUGUUCCUCCCUUUACAAAAAAUAAGCAGCAGCUCCUCUCUCCCAUCAGAGGUCCCAUACAACUCCCCAAGUAUCCUGAUAGUAAUGGGAACUGGCCUAAGAUGUUGAACCUCACCAAGAGGGUGAUCUAUCAUGUGUCCCACAGUUCAAGUACAUGGGUUGUUACUGUCAAACUAAAAGAAUCGGGUGAAAUUGAUCGUACGCUAGAUCCACUCUUUCAAUGCCCAUUCUCGCGUGAGCAGUUCCCUGAGACAUUCCCAGAGGCGUUCAACUUAUUGGAUGAAGAUGUUCUGGUAGUUGAAUUGGCAGAAGCUUAUGGUCUAAGAGACAUUAGUGAGGCUGGUUGUGAUUAUAGAGUGGCUAUGUCCUUCAAUCCUAGUUGUCCUGCACUCAUGGUCGUUGUCAAUGGAGUGUUGUACCACUGUAAUUUAGGUGUUGAUCCCAUUCCAAAGUUAAAACCAGUGGAAGGUCUAGCAGCAUACUCUCGGCUCGAAGAUGUUAUUUAUUAUGAGGAAAAAUUUUAUGCUGUUGCCAGUGAUGCGAUCACAGUAGUGCUGGAUUCGAAUUCUUUGCAGGUGGUGGAUAUACUUGUGAAGACUCGGAUGUUGGGCCGUGAACGCCACAGGAAGUAUUUGGUGGAAUCAGCUGGAGAUGUUUUUUUGGUUAAGAAAGUGCGUCACCUUAACUACAGAGUUUUUAAGUUGAAUGCAAUUGAGAAGUGCUGGGUUGAGAUGGAGGACGAUUGGGAUUGGGAUGGUCGAAUAUUGAUCGUAGAUUCGGAUGAUGGCUGCUUCUUUCCUUCUGCUCAAGAUUUCCCCAGAAUUGGGCAUGGGAACAAUAGUUGCGUUUAUUUCUAUCAUCCCAACUAUACGCGCUGGGCGCAAUCUUGCAUAGUUAGAUGA